GACAGCACAACCUCCACUGAUAAAAUUAAAACCUCACACGCAUUGCGCAGAGUAGAAGGAGACGAGCGGUGAGAAGCAGCAGAAUGAGCGUGGCGAUGAAGACUGUUUGUGUGACUGGAGCAUCAGGGUACAUUGCCUCCUGGAUUGUCAAAUUCUUGCUCCAGCGUGGUUAUACCGUCAAGGCAUCCGUUCGGGACCCCAAUGAUCCAAAGAAGACACAACACUUACUUUCACUUGAUGGAGCCAAGGAGAGGCUUCACUUGCUUAAAGCAAACCUACUGGAAGAAGGGUCCUUUGAUUCUGUAGUUGAGGGAUGUGUUGGCGUUUUUCACACUGCAUCCCCUUUCUACCAUGCAGUCACUAACCCACAGGCAGAAUUGAUUGAUCCUGCAUUAAAGGGGACUCUCAAUGUCCUUGCCUCAUGUGCAAAAACGCCAUCCAUUAAAAGGGUAGUGCUGACAUCUUCUGUAGCUGCUGUUGCAUACAAUGGUAAACCUCGGACACCUGAAGUGGUGGUGGAUGAGAGUUGGUGGUCCAAUCCAGAGCUUUGCAAAGAAAUGCAGCAAUGGUAUGUGCUUUCGAAGACAUUGGCUGAGGAUGCUGCCUGGAAGUUUGUGAAAGAGAAAGGAAUAGACAUGGUUACCAUAAACCCAGCGAUGGUAAUUGGUCCAUUGUUGCAGCCAACACUCAACACAAGUUGCGCUGCUAUUCUGAACUUGAUAAAUGCAGGUGGAGAAACAUAUCCAAAUUCUACCUUUGGAUGGAUAAACGUCAAAGAUGUGGCAAAUGCACAUAUAUUGGCAUUUGAGAAUCCUUCGGCCAACGGAAGAUACUGUUUGGUGGAGAAGGUUGCACACUUCUCAGAGGUCGUUAAAAUCCUGCGUGAACUGUACCCUUCUCUCAAACUUCCUGAAAAGUGUGGGGAUGACAAGCCGUUUGUUCCCACCUACCAGGUGUCGAAAGAAAAAGCAAAAGCCCUAGGCGUUGUGUUCACUUCUCUUGAAGAAGGAAUCAAGGAAACUGUUGAAAGCUUGAAAGAGAAGAACUUUUUUAAGCAACCAUCAGCUAUUUGAGGGCCUAUCUCUCUUAAAGUCCGUAUGUUGCACCAUAUAAACAUCCUAUGUUCGAUCACUUGGAACCCUAAAAAGUUCCACACAUUCUCUAGUGGAACAUGAAUAAUAAACUUGUGUCCUGUCCUUCAAUGGUAAUUGAUUGCAAUAUUUCUGUUUA